AUGCUGCCCUCCUGCCAGACAUUCACCGCCUCCAUGGACAUCGUUUCGGAACCUCUGGAGGCCUUCAUGCGUACAACGCCCAUCUUCCUACCCUCGGUCUCACACUUAACCGCUGGAUUCCUGUCUCUGUUUCCUGAAUCGUCGAAUCAAGCCAUCCGUGAAUCUGUCAAGAUGCAAAAGAUAGUAUCAUUUCUUCUCUUUGUCUGCCUCUUGCAUGGUUUGGCGCUCGGAAAGGAGGCACCGAUCGAGCCUCCAAACACGCAAUAUUGCACCCAGAGCUGGAGGAGCACUCAGAGCACCCCAAAAUUAUUUCAAUGCAUGACGAAUCCUAACACGACCUACUCGUGUAAGACUUGCGACACCCCGGUGCCGUACGGCGGGGCUAGUAAUUGCUACCGAUAUCUGAAUCAAACUACCCUCAAGGGUGAGACGGACGACACAAAUAAUGGUGGAAUUCAGAGGCCAACGAUGCUGACGGCUAUUCUCUUGCGCUGGGCCCGCUUAUUAAGACUGUAA